CCAACAACACCCAGGAUGGUACAAAUCAGUGAGGUGAAAGGAAAUGGUCGUGAAAACCGGAUUACUACUCAUUCCCAUAUCAAAGGAUUAGGAUUAAAAGAAGAUGGUACCUGCGAAGGCGUUGGUGGUGGAUUUAUUGGACAAGAUAAUGCUCGUGAGGCUUGUGGUAUCAUUAUAGAUCUGAUUAAGUCCAAAAAAUUUGGCGGACGAGGUGUUUUAUUUGCCGGCGGUGCUGGUACUGGUAAAACUGCAUUGGGUUUGGCCAUUGCUCAGGAAUUGGGACCCAAAGUUCCUUUCUGUCCAAUGGUAGGAAGUGAAGUGUAUUCUAGUGAAAUAAAAAAGACCGAAGCUCUUAUGGAAAACUUUCGUCGUGCAAUCGGACUCCGUGUUAAGGAGACCAAGGAGGUGUAUGAAGGUGAAGUUACAGAACUAGUACCAGAAGAAGCCGAAAAUCCUUUAGGUGGUUAUGGAAAGACUAUUUCGCAUGUAAUUUUGGGACUCAAAACUCAUCGCGGCACCAAGCAACUAAAGCUUGACCCUAGCAUCUAUGAAUCUUUGCAGAAGGAACAGGUCUCUACGGGAGAUGUGAUUUACAUUGAAGCCAAUACAGGUGCGGUCAAGCGCGUUGGUCGAAGCGAUGCAUAUGCGACCGAAUUUGAUCUUGAAGCCGAAGAAUACGUUCCUAUGCCCAAGGGUGAGGUCCACAAACGUAAAGAAAUUGUGCAAGAUGUCACAUUACACGACUUGGAUAUUGCCAAUGCUCGUCCUCAAGGUGGCCAGGACAUUAUGUCCAUGAUGGGACAACUCAUGAAACCAAAGAAGACGGAAAUUACCGAUAAGCUUCGUUCUGAGAUCAACAAAGUGGUCAAUAAAUACAUCGAACAAGGAAUUGCAGAAUUGAUUCCUGGUGUUCUGUUUAUUGAUGAAGUCCACAUGUUGGACAUCGAAUGCUUUACUUAUUUAAACCAAGCCUUAGAAAGUACUAUUUCUCCUAUCGUCAUUUUUGCAUCCAACCGAGGCAUGUGCACAAUUCGUGGUACUAAAGACAUUCAAGCACCUCAUGGCAUCCCUACCGAUUUACUAGACCGUCUGUUGAUUGUUCGUACGUUACCCUACACGGAAGAGCAGAUUCGCUCCAUUUUGGAAAUUCGUGCCAAGGUUGAAAAUAUCAAACUCAGCGAUGCUUGUCUUGACAAACUAGCAAAGGAAGGAGCCAAGUCUAGUUUACGCUAUGUUAUUCAACUAUUGACCCCAGCUAGCAUUAUUGCAAACUUGCAUAGUAGUGAAGAAAUUACUGUGGAGCACAUUGAUGAGUGUUAUGACUUGUUUUUGGAUGGUCGUCGGUCAGCUCGCGUUUCUCAAACCUCUACAGGAUUUCUGCAGUAAAACAGAUUUCAAGGGUAGAGAAAAGAAAAAUUCGGGAUAUAGGAUUUGAGUGAGCAUGGUCCUUCCUUUUGGCAAUGUUGAGUAAAUUAUUAAGAAUAUACAUCUUUUAUAUGCGUGUAUAAAAAAACUAAAACCGUUGUGUUGGUAAGGAAAGGAUCUUAUUUUUUACUAAAUGAACUUAUUCUUACUAAAUGAAAUGGAUGGGUAUGUUCGAAGAAAACUUUAGUUAGAAAUAUAUAAUGCUCCUUUUCAAUUGCAACCAAGCUGCGUCAUUUUCUUUUCAAAAGUCUUGCGUUAUUGUUGAUUUUCUUCUUUUCUUUGAUAGUUUCUUGUAAUCGUCACUAUAUUUUACUUACUUCCAUUCACUUUUGCUAGAAACGUAAAUCAAGUCUCUAGUUUUUGCUAGACCAUUUAAUAAAUUAAAAGAAUUUAUUCGAAAGUUA